CAACACCAUUGUAACAUACUGCAAAGGAAGUAUUCAUGGAUUUCCUAAAAUUAUGGUUGUUUUAACGCACAAAGAUCAGGUAACAGCUAAUGAAGUUGAACAAAGACGACAUGACAUAUUUGGAGAAAUCUACAAGAUGUUUCACAAAAAUCCAUUGAUGCAACAAUUGGUGAUUGAUGAUGAAAUAUUUGUAAACGCUAAAGACAAAUAUGACCCAGAAAUGGCGAAGAUUAAAGUUGCUAUCAUCAGGGAAUUAGAGAGGCAACCAACAUGGGGAGAACCACUUCCAAAGUGCUUUAUCCCGUUAGAGUUAGAAUUUGCGUCGUUAAUCAGACGCAACAUCCCUCUAAUUACACUUGAACAUCUAAAGAAAAUAAACUCAUUGCAGCCAAUUAGACCGUUGUCAGAAGCUGAAUUGAAGGUAUUUCUGAAAUUUCAACAUUCUAUUGGCAAGUUAUUGUACUUCAAUGAACAUAAAUUGAACGACCGUAUCAUUUUGUCUCCCACUCUUCUUAUCGAUACAUUCAAAUCAAUUGUUACAGAUAGGCAAUUUUGUGAAGGGAACAAGAAAAGAGAAGAAAUAUGGGAUGCAAUGGGAAAGACAGGGGUGGUAUCAAAACAAGCAAUAGAAGGCGUUUGGAAGGGAAAGAAAUAUGUAAAAUUUUACGAAGACAAAGAUUAUCUAUUAAAUGUCAUGACCCAUCUUGAUAUACUGGUUGAACCAAAGAGAUAUGGUUCUGAUCACAACCGCAUACCUGCUGACUUUUAUUAUAUCGCAAGUAUGGUACGAGCUAUAGAUGAUUCUGGAUACCUUCAAUCCACUGACAUCACUAAACGAAAUAUUGCCAUAGCCUUUAUAACGUCUUCCAUGAUGAUACCCCAAGCAUUAUCAUUUAGAUUCAUCAGUUACUGUCUGUAUGUUUGGGCGGUACAGACAUAUGGAGAGACCAAACGGGACAUGCUGUUCCAUAGGUCAGGAGUUUUCAAUGUUGAUCCUUCCGUAGAUAUGUACAUUCUCUGUGAAGAUGAGAGGAUUGUUGUCCGUCUUUUUCAUGCUGAAACAAACACACUUAUAAUGAGGGAUAUGGCGUCCAGUGUAAACGAAUGUUUAGUAUCUGCUUAG